UUCAUACAGACUCGGCAAAAAAACUGUCGUGAAUUUGCUUUUCUUCCUGGAGAUAAUUUACAAGAUACAAGUUUAACAGAAAAUCUGAAGUAAGGGUGAAAUUUAACGUUAAAAAGCGUAACCACAAACCUAUUAGUUGUGGGAGUCUCCGCUCGACAAUCGCCAUUAGCCGUUCUCUCUCACAACGUUUUUUGAAAACGUCAAGACAUUUAAGCAAAGAACUGUCUGAUUUUAAUGGUCUUCACUGGAACAACUGAGCAUGAGGCCAGCAAAAUGGUUUUGUACCCACGUUUUUGUCUUCUCAUGUCUACUAUUUUGCGGGAGAAUUCACUAUGUGAUGUGUAAUACCACAUAUGUUAUACGUAAAGAUAAUACUGACAAGUUUGGUUCUGUUCAUAAUCCAAACGAAUGCUUUAGGAAAUAUGCAAAUAUUGUAUAUGUAGCUGCUAAAGAGUGUCAAUGUCCUUAUGCCAAAAGCACAUAUUUUCACUUCAAGAAUGCUUGUGUCAAUAACUACUACUUUGAAAACGAGUUAAAAACUCAAUCAGUUUGUCCUGGAGGCUUGUUACGAAUCCAAAGUGAGCCAUAUCCUGUGUUUGACCUAACAAAUUCAUCAUCCAGCUCAUUGAAAUACGUCAAGACCUUUGAUAGUCAAUGCAGCUUAGAGAACUUGCAUUAUUUGGAUGAAUCGAGUGGAAAGCUGAUCAAUGCAGGGAGUUUAAUUGCGAAAUUGUUUUCUCUUGAAAAACGAACCAAGACGACAGUACAUUUACUCUGGCGUUCAACAUAUGUAUCAAGUUUCUUAAAAGGGAGAGUUGUCCUUCUUGAAUUCAAUAAAAACUGCAAAGUUGAAAUGCAGUUCUCAUCACCAAGUUUUGGCACUAAACCCUGUAUUAUCUUCAAGUCGCUAGGAACUUUAACAUUCAAUCAGUCUCCUACGUGGUCCAGUUCACCGCCUUCAAAUCAUAGGAAGAGGAAUAAAACCGAGAAAUCUUCCUCAAUAAAAGGGCUCAUAGUGGGACCCCUUGUUAUUUUUCUUGGAGUUGUUGUUCUCGUUCUUAUAGUGGUGCUAAUAUAUAGGAAAGUGAGACAGAAAUCUCGGCAAAGAGUCAACGCAACUCAAAAUUCCAAAGAUGAACUUGCGGAUGAUUUUGACAUGGACGGCAAUCCUCGUUCCAAUGUCAGUCAAACAUCCAAUCAGAGCGGAGCAGAAGAAAUGUACAUGAAUACAAUUCCAGACUUACCAAGCGAUCCACCAGCAAAUGCGGCAAAUAUCUCAACAAAUGCACACGGAAAUUCACAGACAGUUGAGUUACAAGAACCAGAGCUAUACGCGUCUAUGAAAGAUGAUGUACUUCAGUAUGAUUAUGCUUCUGUAAAUGGAGUUCCUGGUUCCAAUCAGAACAUACCAAAAGGAAUGCAACAGAUUCCAGGCGCAUUUGAGUAUGAUUACGCUUCGGUGAAUGGCGCCGGAACCUCGUUCCAAUCAGAACAAAUCGGCAGAAGGAAUGCAACAGCGUUCAAUCCCAGACGCAUUUGAGUAUGAUUAUGUUGCUAUGGACGGAGAUCUUCGUUUCGUCAAUAACAGAACAAAAGGGAUGUGCCAGCAUUCAAUCCCAGUGCGUAGGACACAUAACAAAGAAGAUAUCCCCACCCCAGCAAAUCAUGAGCCAAAUGAAUACAUCAAUAAAAAGGGCGAUCCUGAAGAUGGACUUUCAUCUGAGUCAGCCUACCAGCCCCUACAGAUAAAGUCCCCUG